CCGCCGCCGCCGCCACAGGACCUGCGGCGCUAGCGCAGACCGGGAAGAUGGCGGCCGGCGGCGGCGGAGGCAGCAGUAAGGCCUCCUCGUCGUCCUCGUCGUCGUCGGCCUCGUCCGCUGGGGCCCUGGAGUCUUCGCUGGAUCGAAAAUUCCAGUCGGUGACCAACACCAUGGAAUCCAUCCAAGGCCUGUCGUCGUGGUGUAUAGAGAACAAGAGGCACCACGGCACCAUCGUCUCCCACUGGAUAAAGUGGCUCCGGAGAUCUACCUAUCCCCACCGUUUGAAUCUCUUUUAUCUUGCCAAUGAUGUCAUACAGAACUGUAAAAGGAAAAAUGCGAUCAUAUUCCGUGAGUCAUUUGCUGAUGUGCUUCCUGAAGCGGCCGCUCUAGUGAAGGAUCCGUCCGUCUCUAAGUCUGUAGAGCGAAUCUUUAAAAUCUGGGAAGACAGAAACGUGUACCCAGAAGACAUGAUUAUGGCACUGAGAGAAGCUUUAAGUACCACUUUCAAAGCUCAGAAGCAGCUGAAAGAAAAUCUGAACAAACAACCGAAUAAGCAGUGGAAGAAAUCACAAACGUCCACGAAUCCAAAAGCUGCUCUCAAGUCUAAGAUAGUUGCUGAGUUCCGAUCUCAAGCCCUCAUUGAGGAAUUGUUGAUGUACAAACGCUCAGAAGAUCAGAUAGAGCUGAAAGAGAAGCAGCUGUCAACCCUGAGAGUGGACGUCUGCAGCUCAGAGACUCUCAAAUGCUUGAAAGAUAAAACAGGGGGAAAGAAGUUCUCCAAAGAGUUUGAAGAAGCAAGUUCAAAGCUGGAGGAGUUUGUGAAUGGGUUAGAUAAACAAGUGAGAGACGGGCCCUCGCUAACGGAAGCGUUAGAAAACGCCGGGAUUUUCUAUGAAGCACAAUACAAGGAGGUGAAAGUGGUGGCCAAUGCUUAUAAAACCUUUGCUAACCGAGUGAACAAUUUAAAGAAGAAGUUGGACCAACUGAAGUCAACCCUUCCUGACCCUGAGGAGUCACCAGUCCCUUCUCCCAGCAUGGAUGCUCCUUCCCCAACUGGUUCUGAGUCUCCAUUUCAAGGAAUGGGAGGUGAAGAGUCCCAGUCACCCACCGUGGAGAGUGACAAGUCUGCCACACCUGAGCCAGUGACAGAUAACCGUGAUGUGGAAGACAUGGAACUCUCAGAUGUGGAAGAUGAUGGGUCAGAAAUCAUUGUGGAGGACAGGAAAGAAAAGCCUGUGGAGAAAUCGGCUGUCUCCACUUGUGUACCCACAAAGUCAACAGAAAGUGUCUCGAAAGCCUCGCCCUGUGCUCAGGCGGCUGUGCCCACAGCAGCCGCUCCACCUCUCCCAAAGCCUGUGAACACUUCUCUUCUGUCCCCUUCCCCAACUUUGGUUUUGCCAAACCUGGCAAAUGUGGAUCUGGCAAAGAUCAGUUCCAUCCUUAGCAGCUUAACAUCAGUCAUGAAAAACACGGGGGUCAGUUCUGCAUCAAGACCGUCGCCAGGAACUCCUACCAGUCCCAGCAGCCUCAGCAGUGGCCUGAAAACACCUGCACCCGCCACAACACCAUCUCACAACCCCCUGGCAAAUAUCCUCUCAAAGGUGGAGAUCACCCCAGAGAGCAUCCUCUCUGCUCUUUCUAAAACCCAGACACAGUCAGCCCCUGCACUCCAAGGCCUGUCAUCUUUACUUCAGAGUGUGGCUGGGAACCCAGUGCCAGCCAGUGAAGCUGCUUCCCAGAGCAGCACCGCCUCCCCCGCCAGCACCACAGGCUCUGCCGCCAAGGGGAGAAACGUGCUCCCCAGCACCCCGUCUUUGAUUUCCAAAAGCUUCACCUACUCCCCUAGUUCUUCAACUGCUGAAGUCUCUUCGACUUCAGCAAACAAGGCACCAGUUGGGCAGAGCCCGGUGCUCCCAAGCACGACCUUUAAACUGCCGUCCAGUUCUUUAGGAUUUGCAGGUACCCACAGUACUAGCCCUGCUGUCCCACCUACUGAAGUUGCUGUGCCACAGCCCUCAGAGGUCUCCAAGCCAAAGCUGGAAUCAGAGUCCACCUCCCCGAGCCUUGAAAUGAAGAUCCACAACUUCUUAAAAGGUAAUCCCGGUUUCAGUGGCUUAAACUUGAACAUCCCAAUCCUGAGCAGUCUGGGGUCCAGUGCCCCGUCAGAAAGCCAUUCCUCAGACUUCCAGCGUGGCCCUACCAGCACUUCAGUGGACAGCAUUGACGGAACUCCUGUUCGGGAUGAGCGCAGUGGGACACCCACGCAGGAUGAGAUGAUGGACAAGCCCACGUCCAGCAGUGUGGACACUGUGUCCCUGCUCUCCAAGAUCAUCAGCCCAGGCUCCUCCACACCCAGCAGUACACGGUCACCCCCCCCUGGGAGAGAUGAGAGCUACCCCCAAGAGCUCCCCAAUUCCGCAUCCACGUAUCGCCCGUUUGGCCUGGGCAGUGACUCUCCCUUCAAGCAGCCUUCGGAUGGAGUUGAGAGACCGUCUUCUGUGCUGGACUCUUCACAGGAAAAGUUCUUCCCGGAUACUUCUUUCCAGGAAGAUGAGGAUUACCGAGAUUUUGAGUAUUCAGGGCCUCCACCCUCUGCCAUGAUGAACCUGGAGAAGAAACCAGCCAAAUCCAUCCUCAAGUCCAGCAAGCUUUCAGACGCCACUGAGUACCAGCCAAUCCUGUCCAGCUAUAACCACCGGGCCCAAGAGUUUGCGGUAAAAUCUGCCUUCCCUCCAUCUGUCAGGGCUCUCCUGGACUCCAGUGAGAACUGUGACCGUCUCUCGUCUCCCCCUGGGCUUUUUGGUGCCUUCAACAUUAGAGGGAAUGAACCUGGGUCUGACCGGUCACCAUCGCCGAGUAAGAAUGAUUCGUUUUUCACCCCUGACUCCAACCACGCUGGCUUGUCUCAGUCUUCCACUGGGCACCUCACUGUGCCGCAGAAGCAGUUCCCAGACUCUGCUCACACAGCCCCACAUCGUCCCCUUUUCUCUGCGCAGAACACCCUCUCCGCUCCUACGGGCCACCCACCCACAUCAGGCGUGGAGAAAGUCCUCCUCUCUACGAUUUCCACCACAUCGACCAUUGAGUUUAAGAAUAUGCUUAAGAAUGCCUCACGCAAGCCCUCAGAUGAUAAGCAUUUUGGCCAGACCCCCAACAAGGGCCCUUCAAGUGAUGGUGUCAGUCUGUCAAACCUCACACAGCCCAACUUGCCCACCACUGACCAGCACCCAGAAGAACAUUAUCGCAUAGAAACCCGUGUUUCCUCUUCCUGCUUAGACUUGCCUGAUAGCACAGAAGAAAAGGGGGCCCCCAUAGAAACUCUGGGUUAUCAUAAUGCAGCUAAUAGGAGGAUGUCAGGGGAGCCGAUACAGACUGUAGAGUCCAUACGAGUCCCUGGGAAGGGAAAUCGAGGACACGGGCGUGAGGGUUCAAGAGCGGGUUGGUUUGAGCUGAGCACACCAGGCAGCUCUUUUGACAAUGGUCCCUCAAGUGCCUCUGAGUUGGCAUCCCUUGGGGGUGGGGGCAGUGGAGGCCUCUCUGGCUUUAAGACAACACCGUACAAGGAACGGGCACCCCAGUUUCAGGAGAGUGUCGCCAGCUUCCGUUCCAACAGUUUCAACUCAACAUUUGAGCAUCAUCUCCCCCCAGCCCCUUUGGAACAUGGGGCACCCUUCCAGAGAGAGCCAGUGGGGCCGUCACCUGCCCCACCUGCCCCUCCUAAGGAUCAUGGUGGUAUCUUCUCUCGAGAGGCGCCCACUCAUCUGCCCUCUGUGGAUCUUUCGAACCCCUUUGCAAAGGAGGCCUCUCUGGCUCAUGCCGCCCCACCACCUCCUCCUGGAGAGCACAGCGGAGUUCCUUUUCCUCCUCCACCCCCUCCACCACCCCCUGGGGAACUUAGCAGUGCGGGGAGUGGUGUCCCCUUUGCUACUCCACCCCCUCCUCCGCCCCCUGUUGACCACUCUGGGGUGGUACCUUUCCCAGCUCCCCCACUGCCAGAGCAUGGAGUGACUGGGGCUGUGGCAGUUUUUCCCAAGGACCAUAGUUCCCUCCUUCAAGGGACCCUGGCUGAGCAUUUUGGGGUGCUCACAGGACCCAGGGACCUCAAUGGCCCUGGUCUUAGUCGUGCACGAGAGAGCCUGAGCCUGCCUUCCCACCCUCUGGAGCACCUGGGCCCUGCCCUUGGAGGAGGUGGGGGAGGCAACACCAGCAGCAGUGGCCUUCCCUUGGGUCCCGCACACAGAGACGUCAUCGGCCGGAGUGGUAUGAUCUUACGGAGUCCCCGGCCAGACUUUCGGCCUAGGGAAGCUUUUCUUGGCAGAGACCCAUUCCACAGUCUGAAGAGGCCCAGGCCGCCCUUUGUUAGAGGCCCGCCGUUCUUUGCACCAAAACGCCCCUUCUUCCCUCCCAGGUACUGAUGGAAACCAGGGAAAGGUUAUUCUUGCAGUCUAGAGAGCGUUUGGAAGUAGCAGUUUGGUUUCUUGUUUUUGUUUUUUCUUUCUCGGUUUCUUUUGUUUCAUUUCUUUUGUAUUGGCCUCCCGUCUAAAUUCAGAAAGCAUACAUGGUAACAUUUUACUAUUAUCUCCUCUUUCUGGACUUAGGACCUUUCCCAAGUUGUUUGUAUUUUUCUUUUGGAAAAAAAAAAAAGUAAACAUAACCAAAGCCACUUUAUUUGGCUGGGGUUUGGGGAGUGGGGAAGAAAACAAUAUUUUAUCUCAUCUAUUGGAGAUUACUUAAUUUGAAAUAAAACUUCGGUCAGUACAGGUGAUAACAUGUGCGAUGUUGAGGUGUUAUUUGGGGUUUGGCAUUGCUAACAGUCAGCGGAAGGACCCCUGUCUCCUUCCCUCUGCAGCUACACAACUUCUGUGACCAGCUUGGCUCUCUCUGUGUGUCCUCUGCCCUGCUGAAGGCCAAGAGGUGUUUGCAGAGGGCAGAACGUGGGCGACUUUGAGCCUGUCAAGUGCAAAUGCUUUAUUCUAAAAGAAGGUUGGAA